CAAGAUUCAGGAAGUAAACAAGGAGGCAGGAGACAGGGAGGGCGGGAAGGAGGGUGAGGCCGGAGCCGCCGGAGCAGGAGAGGCGGUUGAGGAAGCCACAGCUUGGAGUUGCAGUGUUGAGGGGCAGAUUGGUUUCGGGGGUCGGUUUCAACAGAAGCUUUCCUAGGACCCCAGUUUGAAAGCUUCAGAUCUCUUGGGACGGGGGCUGACCAGGCCCCACAGCUAGGACCCAGUUCUCCCAUCUCACCUCUGUCCUGACUGUGCCACUCCUCUCUUGCCUUAGAAGGCUCUGGAGGGCAAGAUGGAGGGAUCUCAAGGCCAAACCCAAGUCUUCAGUGGCCCUUCUGCCCUCUGACCCAAGACUCUAAUCCGAUUUAAAUCUACUUCCCUCUCCCCUCCCUGAUUCUUGCCCCUGCCCCACUGUUGGUCUCUGACUUCACGGAAGGGGCAGCCCCGCAGCCCCUCCCCCUAGUCCUCCCUGGAAUGCUGGGCUGUUUGCCAGAGGUCAGACAGGAGGUGGGGGUGGGGGCAUUUGUUUAGGUGUUGCUGUUCUGUUGUUGAUGUCCGAUGGUGGGUGUGUCUUGCCCUUCCCAGCGGGAGUCUGAGCUCUCUCCCUCCCUGGCUCUCUCUCCAGGCCUUUCCCUGCCUGCCUGUCUGUGUCUGUCCUCUUGGGUGUUUUGACUUUCCACCCCUCUGGCCAGGACACCCAAGCAAGUGUGUUAGCAGGACCCUCAUCCUCCAGGGGUGAUGUGCUGGAGUCUCCCAGACCAGCUGAGUCCUGGGUGCUAGGGGUGGGCCGCAGCAGCAGGAUGAAAGCCCGGUAGGGCCGGGUCAGGAGAGGGACCGCUGUGCGUUUCUUUCGGGAGCCAGGGGCACCAAGGAGAGGUUGGCUCCACUCCUCACGGGCCUCUGAAUCCAGGCCGGACCUUUCUUCUCUCCUUCCUGGGUGAGGGGGCUCCUGGGCUGGGUGGUGGCUACAGGACUGGGGGCAGAUUGCAGGUCCCACCUGGACUGGAGCAGUUGCAAUCGUAGAUGUCAUGGAGCUGGGUCUGUCUCCACCUCAUCCCAGCAGCUUCCCGGAAGACCUGUACCCGGCCCCUGGGACCCCUCCUGGGACCCCCCCACCUCCUGAUCCCCCCCUGCCUGGGGAGGUGAAGAGGUCCCAGCCUCUGCCCAUUCCAACCAGCAGGAAACUUCUUCGAGAGGAGGAGCUGCGGGCAAGCUCUCUACCCUCCAUUCCGAACCCCUUCCCUGAGCUCUGCAGUCCCCCUUCACAGACCCCCAUUCUUGGGGGGUCCUGCAGUGCAAGGGGGCUGCUCCCCCGAGACGCCAGCUGCCCUCAUGUAGUAAAGGUGUACAGCGAAGAUGGGGCCUGCCGGUCGGUGGAGGUGGCGGCAGGUGCAACAGCUCGCUAUGUCUGUGAAAUGCUGGUGCAGCGAGCUCAUGCCCUAAGUGAUGAAAACUGGGGGCUGGUGGAGUGCCACCCACAUCUAGCACUGGAGCGGGGCUUAGAGGACCAUGAAUCAGUGGUGGAAGUGCAGGCUGCCUGGCCCAUUGGCGGAGAUAGCCGCUUCAUCUUCCGGAAAAACUUCGCCAAGUAUGAACUGUUCAAGAGCUCCCCACACGCCCUGUUCCCAGAAAAGAUGGUGUCCAGCUGUUUUGAUGCACAUACGGGCAUAUCCCACGAAGACCUCAUCCAGAACUUCCUGAAUGCAGGCAGCUUCCCAGAGAUCCAGGGCUUCCUGCAGCUGCGGGGGUCGGGACGCAAGCUUUGGAAACGCUUCUUCUGCUUCCUGCGCCGGUCUGGCCUCUAUUACUCCACCAAGGGCACCUCCAAGGAUCCUAGGCACCUGCAGUACGUAGCAGAUGUGAAUGAGUCCAACGUGUAUGUGGUGACCCAGGGCCGCAAGCUCUAUGGGAUGCCCACGGACUUCGGCUUCUGUAUCAAGCCGAACAAGCUUCGAAAUGGCCAUAAGGGGCUUCGUAUCUUCUGCAGUGAGGAUGAGCAGAGCCGCACCUGCUGGUUAGCUGCCUUCCGCCUCUUCAAGUAUGGCAUGCAGCUGUAUAAGAAUUAUCAGCAGGCACAGUCUCGCCACCUGCGUCCAUCCUGUGUGGGUUCCCCACCCUUGAGGAGUGUCUCGGAUAACACCCUGGUGGCCAUGGACUUCUCUGGCCAUGCUGGGCGUGUCAUCGAGAACCCUCGGGAAGCUCUGAGCGCAGCCCUGGAGGAGGCCCAGGCCUGGAGGAAGAAGACGAACCACCGUCUCAGCCUGCCCACCCCAUGCUCAGGCUCGAGCCUCAGUGCAGCCAUCCACCGCACCCAACCCUGGUUCCAUGGACGCAUUUCCCGCGAGGAGAGCCAGCGGCUCAUCGGGCAGCAGGGCCUGGUAGAUGGCCUGUUCCUGGUCCGAGAGAGUCAGCGGAACCCACAGGGCUUUGUCCUCUCUUUGUGCCACCUGCAGAAAGUCAAACAUUAUCUUAUCCUGCCAGUGAGUAAUCCUUCCCUCUGUAAGAGCCCCAGCUUCCUGCAGUGGAGACACAGGACUCCCAGAAACUGUCCUCCUCAUCAGGGCCCCUCAAGAAGCUCUCCUAGGCCUGAGUGGGUCUGGGAUCUCCCGCUGUCCUUGCUCCCUGCACAAACAGUGGGGACCUCAGCCCUGACCCAGGAGGGGGCUCCUCAAGCCUCGUGCCCUUCCCUGACGUUCCACCCCUUAUGGCCAUACCCCAGAGCGAGGAGGAGGGCCGCCUUUACUUCAGCAUGGAUGAUGGCCAGACUCGCUUCACUGACCUGCUGCAGCUUGUGGAGUUCCACCAGCUGAACCGCGGCAUCCUGCCGUGCUUGCUGCGCCACUGCUGUACCCGCGUGGCCCUCUGACUGCCACACAAGCAGGCACAUGUCUUAACCAGCUCCAGGCUGCCCACCACUCCCUCCACUCAUAGAGUGGACUUGGAGGGUGCAGAAGGUGGGGACAGGAUCGUGAAUAAUUGGAGGGCUCCCCCUUGCUCCUAUUCCUCCCUCAGGCAGAAAGUACCCCUCAGCCAGUCUACCCUCUACCCCUCUCCUCAAGGGAAGGCACUUGGGGUGGCCCUCUCCCUGUCUUGGAGCUCCUGGGCACUGCUUUGGGACAGGGCAUUAUGGGAGAAAAGGGGGCAACCCAGGUGGUCUUAUGCCCCACACUUUGUACAGACUGAGAGGCCAGUUGAUCUGCUCUGUUUUAUACUAGUGACAAUAAAGACUAUUUUUUGGUA